CGCGCCGCGAUUCCGCCGUGCGGAUUUAAAAUAACCACGGCCGUAAACCGCCAUCGGGCUCGUGCACCAGGUUGUGAUACGCGUUGCGAGCCACGCAAAAGCAUCGCGGGAAACGCCGUUCUCUACGUGGGCUGUAAUGUUCGAGGAGUUCGUCGAGCGGUAAAUCCGGGGGUAAUCCGUCGUCGGUCGAGUGCUCUCGAGUGCAGCGGCAAAAAUGACGCACGCGUAACGGUGCGUACGUACACGCCGGCGUUUCGAUGCGAUUCGCAAGUCGUGUAACGACUUUUCUUCGUAACAACCGACUUGGUUGUGACUCGUUAUAGACACUGAAAAACCCCCGGCACUGCCGAGAUGUGCGAUCUGAUAGACCUCAACAGCCCGGACGUGAAGGGGCUGCCGGACGCGGCGAAAUUGGCAUCGCCUCUGAUACCGGUGCCGAAGACCACCGAGGCGACCGGCGGCGAGGCAAAUCCGUCAGCCAGCGAGAAGCGCGAGAGCGUGGGCAGCAAUCCGUUUGACAGAGUGUUGCACGAGACCACCGAGUACAUCAGUAAGAAGGGCGAUCCCUUCGAGGUAAUGUUCCAGCGAGCCCUCAAGUUCAAAGGUAGGAAGAACGCAGACCCGAGGAUGCAAUUGGUGGACUUUACGGAUGACUUCACCCCGAAGCGCAAAAAGAGAUACCUAAAGAUGAACAAAACAUUGGACGCCUUGGAUGAGUCUUUGUUGAGAGAUAAGCUAGAACUGUCCUGUAGGAAGCUUGCGACAGAAGUCAAGGAGGACUUCUGCAGUCAUAGUGCGAGAAACACUGACGUCGUUUGUAGCGAUAAUGUAACGGAGAAUGCGCCUAUUCUUAAGAACAAUCUUAAGAUAUUCGUUACAACUCCCGACUCGCUCGAGUUGUCAAUCUUAAAUCAGUCUGCGAUGAAUGAUACCUUGUUAGAACCGGCUUCCAAGACGAAGGAGGAUAACGAGAUAUCACCUUUUCUGGAAAGCGAUGCGUUGUUUAAAGAAUUACAUCUUCCUCCAAAUGCCAAUGUAAAGUCAAUAGAGUCUCGAUGUGCAUUAUCGCAAGGGGACAUGAGGUCACCAAUAAAAUUACCAUGUCUGAACAGGAGGUUACAGUCUGCAUCAUGUGACCAGAGAAGGGCCCUGCAAAGCGAGGGUAGCACCGUCUCAUCCUUGAACAGAGGCUUUCUAGACAGCAAGCAAAGCGAACAGUCUGUAUUUUCUAGUUUGUCAAACAUCUCGUCUGUAAAGCCAAAUUCCAUCUCAGUAUCAUCGUUAAUGUCAAAUGAUACUAUGAACGAUGCAUUCUUAAACAGUAACUCACUGAAAAAAAAUGUAGAGAAGACAAGUACGGCCGAAGAUUCUCAAGAAGUAAAAUUGAAGCAAUAUGAGUUAUCAGACCUAGCAGAGAAAUUCAAUAAGUUAAAAUGUACUAUGAAUGGGACAAAUAGCAUCUCGAGUGUAAUGGAUGACUCUAAUUCUCUAAAAGAAGGCAAUAACAAGCAAAUCGCAAAUGAUAAACCGAUAGAUGUCGAUGUAUUCGUACUAGAAAAUUCCAAUAAAGAGCAUAAUAAGAGCUCAGUUUCUACUGAUUCUUCGGAUUCCGUAUUCACUGAUACUAGCAAACUCGACAAGUCCAUAAUGAAUGAGGCUAAAACUCUUGCAAGAACUUUCGAGGAAUUAGCAUUAAAAUCAGAUUCUGGAUCUAGUGCAGAUAGUGAUGAUUUAAUUUCGAAUAAUACUCUGUGGAUGUCAGAUUUAUUACCAGCGUUUGAGGAUGAACCUGUAGUACAUAAUUUAAUAGAAUUACCUGUUUCUCCAGAAAAAAAUUCAAAAGACGCUAUAAAAGAUGAUAAACAACAUAUUUCUACAAGUAUGAAUAACGCGAAGGAGAAUUCUUUGAAAGGAAUAGUGUCGCAAUUCACUGACUGUGUUCCUACCGUAAAACAGACUAUUGUGACCUCGUUACUCUCGGAUCUAAAGAAAUUACUUAAAGCAGAAAAUAAUACGGAAGUUAACAAAUUAGUUGAUGAUCUGGAGAUUGCUCUGGGCGCUAAAAAUAAUACAGAAUUAUUAAUAACAUGUCUCAAUAUAUCGAACGAAUUGCAAAGUCCACGGAAAUCGAGUAGCGCUGAGAGUUCCGAAAAGACGAGUGUAGAUAAAGGCAAGGAUGAGAGUGGAAAAAUAUCAUCCGAAGGAGAAGUAUGCAACGGUGAAAAAUCGUUAUCAGAUAUAACUCACAAAUUGGAAAAUACAUCGCAAGCUGCCGUUGCUGCCAGCGAUAACGAUGUCUCGGCGCAAACUUCACCUUGCAAAGAUAAUAGCAGAAAUCUCAACGAUACGAAUGCACCCAAAGUAGCAGUAAAUACCAGUUACAUCGAGCAGCAGAAUAAUCAGCUGGAUGAAAAGCUAGCGGUAGAGCUGUUGAUGAAUCUUCGAAAAUUGUUGCGUGGUCAGGCCGACGAUGCUGCGACGAUACAGAUACUUAAAAAUAUAGGGAAAGCAUUGAAUAUUGCGUCAAAUAUUUGUAAAUUGGAGAACGAGCAGCGGAUGAACUGCGAUAGAAAGCGUAACAUCCAGCAAACUACACCCGUAAAAGAUGUAGGGUCCGAUCGUGUUGCACAUUUGGCAAAUGCAACGCAUAGACGAAGUUUCGAUUCCAAAUCUAAAAGGACGUUUGAGAAAUCCGGUAGGAGAAGCGCACCUGUGAUUGAGUCACCGACUAGCAACAUGCCAGGCAUUCGACAUAAAUAUACGGGUAUAUCCGAAGUAGAAAAUCGCAAGAAGCGUUCCUCGAGUGAUUCCGAAUUCAUUAGCUUGGCAAAUAAAAAAGUCGUGAUUCCAGAAACGGCUAAGACAAAAGUGGAGACUACAGAGUACGAUGUCAAGAAGGAGAAACCCAUUGCUAUAGGCGACGUUAAAAAUAGACUAAAGAAAAGAUCGAGCGUAAUUAAUAAAAAAGGUCCCAUGAAAGCGUUACAUCCUGUAAACAAUGUACAAAAAAGAGCGUCACUCGGGAAACGAGCGGCACCGUCUUCCAGUACCGUCACGCCACCGAAAUCUGACAAAGUCGCUGCUUUCGGCAGCAAAAUAAUCAGUAGCACUCCCAAUUCCGUAGACAGUAACCACUGCAUGCUUAGGAAGCCCGCGAGGUCCAACCCAGUGGCCUCGUCCACGCCGAACGGUCAGAACGGUAAGGCAUCGAGUGCGCAGGUAACAUCCGCUAAUAAAAACCGCAACUUCUCUUGCGAGAUUUCGCCGGUAACUACGUACGCAAAUCCAACCGGGAACGAUGAACGAAAGGACAGUCCUAAGAGAUCGUGUUCCAAGCUACCGACUCCGAAGAAAAGUGCGACACCAAAACGUCAGGAAACAGACGUACCUCGUACUUCCAGGUACUCGACACCACCAAGACACAAUUCGUCGUUCAACGUAAACCAUCAGCGUUCCUUACCGGAAUCACCGCAACGUUUGAAUAGAAGUCUGGCGACUUCCCAACGUUACUCCCCCGUUUAUCGAAGAAAGAGCAACGAAAAGGUGGGGCAGAGCCCGCUGAAGGAAAAUAAUAGAGUUAUUGCUAAAGUAAAGCCUCUCAAGCUGAUCUCCAAACUGAAGCGGCACAGCAACGGUGAUUUCGCCGAAAAAGAGAACAAUUGCGCUUAGAGUGGAGCAAAGACGGGAAUGAUUGCGCUUGAUAUUGAUCGUGUGUCAGAAUUAGUUUUAUAUGUAGGAUCAUAAGGAACGCGGUUUUUUAUAUUUGUGAUAUAUUUGUUUUAUAAUAAAAUAAGCCCACGAUACGUAGGAAUAUGUCAUACGCAAAUGUCACGUGUACAUGUUAAUCUCAUUGCGCGUUACGAGGAUUUGUCUAACAAUAACGCUUUUAAAAUUUUAAAAACUUGGACUUUCGAGUCCGUGCGAGAGUCGAUUCGAAUUGGAAUCGCUCAUGUAAAUUGAGAUAUAAUUCCGACUGAUCAAGGAUUGUCAGUUUUCAAAUUGCCGCUCGGGGCAUGCGAUCGUAUCGCUCAUCGAUAAAUCUCACUCUAGAGAGAGAUAGAAAGAAUAAUAGAGUAAGACGAAUCGCAAAGUGCUCUUAAAUUAUUGUAAUGUGAAAACGAUAGUUAGUCAUGUACAAAAAAUAAAUAAUUGAGAUCCGGUUUCCA